ACCAACAACAACAGGCUGAGCGAACUGCCCCCUCAUUCCAAGAUGGCGGACCUCCUAGGUUCAAUUUUAAACUCGAUGGAAAAGCCUCCAACUGUCGGCGACCAGGAAAGCCGACGAAAGGCUCGAGAGCAAGCAGCAAGACUGAAGAAGAUGGAGGAACAUGAGAAAAGAAAGAAAGCUGAGUUCAGGAAAAAGAUGGAGAAAGAGGUGUCAGAUUUCAUACAAGACAGCUCUCAGCAGAAACGAAAAUAUAAUCCCAUGGGGAAGAUUGAAAGGAGUAUAUUGCAUGAUGUUGCAGAGGUUGCUGGUUUGACCUCAUUUUCUUUUGGAGAGGACGAGGAGAGCCGUUAUGUUAUGCUUUUCAAGAAGGAGUUUGCUCCAUCAGAUGAGGAGCUGGAAGCUUAUCGCAAGGGAGAGGAGUGGGAUCCUCAGCUGGCAGAGCAAAGACGCAGACUAAAAGAACAAGCUGCAUUGGAAGAAUCAGCCUCCAGUCAGUCAAAGAAGUCUGAAAUGUGUCCCAACUCAAACUACAGAGACAAGUACAGCCACCUGAUCGGCACAUCAGCUGCAAAAGACGCAGCGCACACACUAGAGGCCAACAGAGCCUACGGCUGUGUGCCAGUGGCAAACAAGAGGGACACUCGCUCAAUAGAAGAAGCCAUGAAUGAAAUCAGAGCCAAGAAACGGCUGAAGCAGGAGGACGACACAGGAGCACAAAGCAGCAGCAGCUCCUGAGUCUCCUCUUUUAUGCUGUGUUUCUGUGUGAGUGUAUGUGUGUGGGCGCAUAAGUGUGUCUUUAAGAACACCCAAAGUCAUCUUAGUAAUGCAAUAUCUUAUACUUCACACAAGAAACGGUGUAACUAUAUCACAGGGUGUUAAAUCUAGUAUGAAAAAUACUCUUAACACAGGAUUUUUAUUUUUUAAGUGUCCAGUAGGUGUUCAGCGUCUUAAAAACGCCUGUCAUCUUCUGACGCCACUUUAAAAGAGACAAUUUUUGGCAGGUUUGUUGCAGAUUUACAGGGCUACAUGCCAUUUAGAUAUAAAAAGCAAGUUUUGAUUCAAUUUGGAAGCAAGAUUUUAGGCAAAAGCAGGGCUGCGGAGUCACAUCUAUCAGGUACAGUUUUAAAGGGAUAAGGAAUGUGUGUAUUUACUAUCUUUUUGUUAAAUAUGCAGUUUUUUUUUUCUAAGUCUCAACAUGUUUCAGAAACAUCAGUGUUGGAAGCAUGGCCAUUUCCUCUAGUGCAAGAGAAGAAAUCCUUACAUGGAUUUAUUUUACCUUCAUUACUAGUAUUUUCCAAAAUAAGUGUAUUAUUAUUAUUACUAUGAAGCUAUGUGUUGGCUUACAAUUAGUGUCAUGGUAGGGAACAGAUCCAGAUGCAUUGUUGGGAUAUUUGUGACCUCCCUUUUGAUUGUCAUGUCUUCUGAAAGCUUGUAGGCAUCUUGAUGCCUAUUUUAACAUGUUUGCACUGUUUUAUCUCCAAUGUGUGUUAAUAAAAAGAGAUCCGUC